GGAGGGGAAGAGAUAAGUGAUCUAAAGGGGAGACGAUAGGACAAGAAAAAAAGUGAUGAUGAUGAAUACAUUGGAAAGUUUUUUGGCCCGGGCGAGGGUGUCAGAUUGAAUGGCCUGUGCGCAUGUGCGAAGGUGUCCAAACUGACAAUGCUGGUGAGAUGAAGAUAGUGUUGUUGCUGCUUCUGGGCUCACGGAGGACGACGAGAGGAAUCUACAAGGCGACAAGAUGAGAUCCAAGGCGAGGGCGAGAAAACUGGCUAAAAAUGACAGUGAGCCAGUGGACAGCAUGUACGACACAGAGGCCGACCUCCCGGGCUUGGCGGCUGGUGGCAUUUGCACUGACAGUCCAGAAGAUGACGCAGAAGACGGCAUCCUCAACAUGUCCCCUCUGCCCUCACCGACUCCCUCCCACCCGAAUAACCACCACCACCUGCUGCACCCCCACAUCUACAGCAGCAGCCACCAUCACCUCCACAACAACAACAGCAGUAGCAAUGACCAGGACUUCACCACACCCAAGGAAGGCUCGCCUUAUGAAGCACCCGUCUACAUUCCAGACGACAUUCCGAUUCCCAGUGAUCUGGAACUGCGGGAGUCUUCUGUUCCGGGUGCGGGCUUGGGCGUUUGGGCCAAGGCCCGAAUCGGCGCUGGCAAGAGGUUUGGUCUGCACACCACGGGCAAAGGCAGCUCCUUCGGAUGGGAGAUGAUGAAUGACCAUGACAACGCAUCCCCAGACAACUGUGUAAAAAAGGUGGUGGACGACAUGGGCAACAUUAAGUUUGCUCUGGACACAGGCCCGGACGCCCCCAGCAACAGCUGGCUCAAGUAUGUCCGCUCCGCCCCCUCGUUUGAGGAGCAGAACCUCGCCGCCUGCCACCUCACUGGAGACCAGAUUUAUUAUAAAAGUGUCCGGGACAUUGAGGCAGGGGAGGAGCUUUUAGUUUAUAUGAAGGACGGCAUUUUCCCGGAGGGAUCCAUGGCACCCAAUUUACAAGAUGAGCAGAUGUACCGUUGUGAAGACUGUGACGAACUGUUCUCAUCAACACUCGAGUUGCGUCGGCACCAGAAGUAUUCAUGCACCAAUGUCGGCUCCAUCUUUCACACCCUGAGAGAAGACUUCAAACAGGAGCGGGAGGAGAGUGAUGAGCCCGUCCACGAGUGUAAAGACUGUGAGAAGAUCUUCCCAAACGAAUACAGUCUGGGCCAACAUAUGAUAGUCCACACAGAGGAGAGGGAGUACAAAUGUGACCAGUGUCCCAAAGCCUUCAACUGGAAGUCCAACCUCAUCCGUCACCAGAUGUCACAUGACAGCGGCAAGCGCUUUGAGUGUGAAAAUUGUGAUAAGGUACAGCAUACCCGGCACGUGUUCACAGAUCCAAGCAACCUACAGCGUCACAUCCGCUCCCAACACGUGGGGGCGAGAGCUCACACUUGUCCUGAAUGUGGCAAGACCUUCGCCACAUCAUCGGGCCUCAAACAACAUAAGCACAUCCACAGCAGCGUCAAACCUUUUAUCUGCCCUGAUGGGCUGCCUCUUCUUGUACCCCCAGGUGAGGUUUGCCACAAAUCCUACACCCAGUUCUCCAAUCUCUGCCGCCACAAGCGCAUGCACGCUGACUGCCGUACUCAGAUAAAGUGUAAGGACUGUGGCCAGUUGUUCAGUACUACCUCCUCCCUAAACAAGCAUCGCCGCUUCUGCGAAGGCAAAAAUCAUUACGGCUCUCCAACGGGGAUGUUCAAUCCCGGCAUGAGUUCCAGUCCCAUCAUUGCCAAGGCCAAGUCCCACCAUCCCCACCUUCCUGGUCUGAACCAAUCAGGUUUAGGUUUCACUGACUACUUUCCUUCCAGACCUCACCCUCAUGCUGGCUUGCCCUUCCCGCCAGGACCUCAUGGUUUCCCAUCCCUCCCUCAUGGUUUCCCAGGCAUUUUCCCCCCAUCACUGUAUCCACGACCGCCAUUAUUGCCAGCCAGUCCUAUGAUGAAGACGCCCCUCGGCAGCAGCAGCCAAGAGGUCAAGCUGCCCCAAAGCCCGAUAGAUGGGCCUCCACUGUCAUUGGUUAGCUCCACAAACAGUAAUGGAGGCAACAGUAUGAGUGUGGCUGAGGACAAAGACAGUGACACUAAACUGGAUUUUUCCUCUGGUGGAGAAGCAAAGCCUAAAUCCAAGAUGGCAGACAUUUCAGAUGGCAGUGACCUUGAGGAUGUUAACACCACGAGUGGGACAGAUUUGGACACGACAACUGGUACGGCCUCUGGCGACGGUUCCGACCUGGAGAGCGAUGGAGAUAGUGAACGCGAGCGAAGCGGCAAAAGAAGGAAGUCUUCUGUUGCCCUAUCGAGUCAAGAUAGCCACCAGUUAGACGACACAAGCGGCACAGUGUUACCAGUCGUGUCCAGUUCAGGGAAUCUCUCCAUGGAUCUCCCCUUUUUGUCCUCUGCAUCAACGCAGCACUCUUUCUUCCCGCCGCCUGAUGAGCAAGCCCUCCCGCCCACCACCACGAACGCCAACGCGGCCACUGAUUCCAUCAAAGCCAUUGCUUCUAUCGCUGAAAAAUAUUUUGGUCCAGGUUUGAUAGGCCUCCAUCAAGAGAAGAAGAUGGGUCCCAUGCCCUACCACUCUAUGUUUCCCUUCCACUUCCUACCCAAUUUCCACAACUCCAUCUACCCAUUUAGCACCGAUCGAGGUGCCCUCAACUCUGGCCUGUUCUUUAAGGGUGAGCCUAAAUCGCCGCGUGAGCAGCUGCAAAAGAUGGUUUCCGGUGCUCUUGGAGCUGCUCCGGUUCCUACAGGUGAAUCACCGUGUGAUCUCAGCACAAAGCCCAAGGAGAGUAAGUUAUCUCCUCCAACUCCUACUAACCCUUCAAAUCCAAGCCAUCGCACUGGGAGCAGCAGCGGUCCUUCGGUAAUAUCUAGCAGUGAAGAACAACCACUGGACCUCAGUAUUAACAGCAGAAGCCGAGGGGAUCAUAACGGCGUGGCAGCUGAACCACACAAUCAGAAGAACCAAGUCUACGGAGUUGGAAAAGGGGUGCCAAUCAAGGAUGAAGCUCCUGGUUUUCCACAUCCCCAUUCCCAGUCGCUGCAUCAAUCCCCCAUCGCACCUCACCAGCAACCGCAAGCACAGCCACACCAACCACCGCCUCUCCACUACGCCAAACCCUCUGCCUUCUUCAUGGACCCCAUCUACAGCAGGGUGGAGAAGAGGAAGCUACUUGACCCUGUAGGAGCUCUGAAGGAGAAGUUCCUCAGGCCCUCGCCUCAGCUUUUCCAUCCACAGAUGUCUGCCAUGGAGAACAUGACAGAAAAACUGGAGAGCUUCGGUGCUCUAAAACUGGACGUGCCGCCCACCUCACUGCAACAUUCGGCUCACCCGCUCUUCAACUUCCGCUCGCCCCCACCUUCACUCUCGGACGCCAUCCUCCGUAAGGGCAAGGAGCGUUACGCCUGCAGGUACUGUGGGAAAAUCUUCCCCCGCUCGGCAAACCUCACCAGACAUUUGCGAACGCACACAGGCGAACAACCCUACAGGUGUAAGUACUGUGACCGCUCAUUCAGCAUCUCGUCCAACCUGCAACGCCACGUUCGCAACAUCCACAACAAGGAGAAGCCCUUCAAGUGUCACCUGUGCAACCGCUGCUUCGGUCAGCAAACGAACCUGGACCGCCAUCUCAAGAAGCACGAGCAUGAGAACAUUCCUGUGAGCCAACAGUCUGGGAUGAUUUCCAACUUAGGAACCACCAUCUCCUCGCCAAACUCCGAGCCAGACAAUCAUGCACUUUUAGAUGAGAAAGAGGACUCGUACUUCUCCGAAAUACGUAACUUCAUCUCCAACAGUGAGAUGAACCAGGCCUCCAGCUCCACGGAUAAAAGAUCUGACCUGGCCAAUGCAGAGGAGCACCACACUGGUGGCCACAGUUUGUCCAACUCCAAGCUGGCCCUUCAGGGUCUGGAGGAGGAGGAAGAGGAAGUGGAAGGUGACGACGAAGAGGAAGAGGAAGGCAGCCUGACGGAAAAGUCUCAAGACGAGGCACCUGAAUCCCCCUCCCCCAUUACAACACGUGUGUAUGAAGAAGAGGAGGAUGAGGAAGAGGCUGCUCCACUAUCGAUGAGCUAUGAGCACUCUCGCAGGCUUAUGCAAUGAUGCUGUCUCUCUCGGACAACAACCCUUUGCACGCGCCCUCCCAGAACUCUCUGGACGCUUGGCUGGGCAUCGGAGGCGGACCGUCUGAGACGAGCAGCUUCCACCCGCUGAACCACAUCUAAAAAAGAACGAGAGGAGAUUGGCGUCGGCCUAGGAACCAUAGGUUGGAUAGAGUUGGACACAAGUAGAGACAACUUGAAGAACGGAGAUUUCAGUGUCGCACAUAUUCAAAGUGUGCAUGUGUGUGUGUGUGUGAGAGAGAGAGAGAGAGAGAGAGAGAACUGUAUGUGUUUGUUUGUGUGAGAGAGACGGGAGAGAGGGAGAGACUCAGAAAGAAAGCACUGCUAAAUCUCCUGUUGAUGUGAAGGACAUUACACCAUGAAUGCUUCUCAGAUCCUCCCCGAGUCCAAAAAGCCAAACGAGUCUCACUUGGGAAGCAUAGAGAGUCACGUGACACUCUCCAGACACUGAAAUGACACCUCACUCAAGGUCCUGUGUUUGUGCGUGUAUGAGAAGCCGAAGAAGAAGAAGAAAACGCACUGCAGCAUUAUGACUGCAUGUCCACAAGGGGGUACUGUUUCACACCAAGUGACACUAAGGAGGACCACCUUUGACUCCUCCUCCUCCCAGCACUUGUGACUGCAGAACCAGCGACAGAACCUCACAAAAUAUUACGAGAGGAAAUGAAUAAACACAGACUGAUUUUAGUGAUUGUUUCCCAUUUUCAUUAUCUGAAAUCUCACACAAAAAGAAUGAGGAUUCCCUGCUUCUUCCUCUCAUGUCAUUUUUAAAAACAAAAAUCAUUUCCUUUGCAUAGAUACCACAGUAUCGUUUCAUUGUAGGCACCACCAUGCUUAAUUAUUAAUAUAAUUAUUUUAGAGAAGGACCAAAAUUGUAUGAUAAUGUCGUAUGAUGUUCUAGAUGUUCAUAUAGCGAGGGUGAUGUGCCAAAUAACCCAUAGAAAAUGUGUUUUUUUUUUUGUUCUCUGACAAUCAUUUCAUUUCCAUUUUGCUCCAAUAUAUUUGAUUUCACAAGUGUCCGUGUAUGUAUUUAUUUAAUUCUUUUGGGGGCGAGCUUGUUCAGUCAUUUUAUGUGCGAGCGAAAAAAAAGACCUCUUCCUUUUUGAAGGAAGAAACAUCAGACAGAGCGAGAUGGAGAUUCAGAAUCUCCGCGCUUGUUGUGCCAUCAUGGAAAGAAUUCAUGAAAUGUGUUGUUUUUAUUUAUAGUGGAAGAAGGUUGUAGUUUGAAAUCCUCUUUGGCACUGCAGUGGUUAGUUUAUUCUGUCCCAUUUCACAUGUAUAAGUAUUAUUGUGGGGGGUGAGCCCUGAAGCCACCGUUGAUGUCAAAAUGUGACAUGACACUACCACAGUCUUAGCGUCUUGGCAUAACUAACUGUAAACAAGCUCUUCAGACCCACUCGUCCACUGCUUCAACAGGCAUUCGGCCUCAACGAGUGGUCCCUCGUACAUCCAAAUUGUAAGCAGGAUUACCAUGGAUGCUCCCAUGACGUCAAACUCAUUCCACAUAGUCUACAAAGUAGCUGGAGGGGUAAGAGUACUGUAGAUCAGUGUAGCUGGACUUAAAGGAAGGAGGCGGUCAUCCUUCUUCCUGCAGACUGAGAUGUUUCCCAACAAAGGCCUGAUGCUGUAUUUUGAAGCUAGCACUUAAAUGAAACCACAUGGGUCCAAGCCAUACAUUGAUUAGGCUUAGGUCUCGUUUCAAGACAGAAGGAACACUGUAUAAUUUUCUUUGGCUACACGAAGGACUGCUGCAUCAUCUCAUUUUUCUAAAGACAGAAAUCUCUUUUUUUCAUAUACUUUAUGAUAUGUAAAGACGUGGGUUGCCUGGAUGUUGUGAUUCCCGUCAUGGACUACUGUACUAAGGAUGCGCUGUGUAAAGGCAUUGAAGCAUUCCAUUGUUCCCACUUCAGAAAGUAUUCUGGCAGAUGGUCUUGGAGAUAUGUUGUCAAUAUGGUUGCUGUUUCCCCCUCGGCCCUUACUGUUACAGGAGGAAGAAAAUGUAGACAUUGUUUCUUAUUAACUGUAUAGUCUUUUAAAGAUGGGAAACAAUGGUGCAUUUGUCCCGAAGGAAGAAAACACACACAAAAAAAAAAAAUCAUGGAAAAAUAUGGGUUUUAAUGGAUGGUGCUUGUUUGUUUGGCUCUAAGUUGUAUAUUGCCUCCGUUAUGUUUAUUGAAAACAGACAAAAAAAGAUAAUGUGCAUGACGUCUUUAGCAGUCAUAAUUACGUAUGUCCAUUUGUGAAUUGUGUAUCAAAUGAAAAAUGAGGAGGGGAAAAAAAAAGACAAAAAAGAAGAAAUCCGUAGAUGCACUUAUUGUAAAUGUGGUUAGGUUUAGUAGGUUUCAAGUUCUGGACUGCCUUACACAUGUUUGUUUGGGCAGGAGAAGCGAGAAAAAAGAC